GCGCGCCAGUCGAAGCCGAGACUUCAUCCGCGCAACUUCUCGUCCUUUGUCUAUCGCACAACCUUCAACACGUUUCGGACGUGUUCUCCGGUACCGCGGUUUCAAUCGCGCUUGGAACGUUCACGCGACACGUACCGCUUUUAUUUUAUUAAGAACAGUUAAGAAAAGCGCGUUGCGUAUUAGUUCCCACUCGACCUCGAUUACAACUGACGAAUCAAAGAAUUUUUUUAAACUACAAAUUUGUGUUUACCUGCGGACGUUCUAUCUCUGUAAUCAAGAUCGUUUCGUGUAAGCAGUUCAUGUAGAAAAAUUAAGAGGCGAUGACGAGGGUUCGACGAUACAGAUUUCUGCCACUCAUCGUGCAUGUCCUGCUUGGGGUGUGCCGUGGUAUCCAGCAAUUCGAGGAAAUGCCACAGUACACCGAAGUGAAUCCCGGCCAGGACGCGAAGUUAAUCUGCCGAGUGUUGGGAAAGAGGGGACAGUGCAUCUGGCAGAAGGAUCAGAAACCGAUUGGAAUACAUUUGAAGAAAUACGAAUGGGUGGGGCGACCAGAUAUCGGUGACUGUUCAUUAUGGGUCAGAUCGGCCACUUUGGAGUUCGACGAUGGUUUGUGGCAGUGCCAGGUCACAGCAAGCGACUUUACAACGCAGGAUGCGUUGACUUCUGAACCAGCGAGGCUGGUCGUCAGAGUCAGCCCUCGGCGACCGCAGAUAGAGUACGCGGAUCGUCUAAUUCUACCCGGCAGCAACGUGACAGCCCGAGCAGGUGAGAUCGCUACGCUCACUUGCAGAGCGCGGUAUGGGAAUCCUUCGCCUCUAAUUAAAUGGUACGUCGGCGAAACCGAAGUGAGGACCCUGAGGCCCCAGGUAAACUCCACGGAGGCUGAAAAUCCUCGAACUUGGUCGACGUACAGCGUCUGCGAGAUCAUGGCUGAGCGGUCGCAUUAUGGCCAACCGAUAAGAUGCGUAGCAAUUCAUCCUGCUUACGACAACCCCACCAUGUCUUCCAGCACCGAAGUCAGAUUCGACGUCAGAUAUGCUCCUGAAACGAGAUUGAUCGGCGUGCCGACUGGCCAACUGGAAGAGGGACGAGGUCAACUAGAGAUUCGAUGCGUGGCCGACGCGAAUCCCCCGGCUUCAAUCCUCUGGAGGAGAGAGAAGAGUCCUGGUGUUACAGAAGUGGCGAGCAUAGGCGAGACGUUGCUCUUCGCGCCAAUCUAUAGAAACCACGCCGCAGUCUAUAUCUGCGAAGCAGCGAACACCGAGGGUGAAAGCAGCCCCGUGUCCGUUCAAGUGUCUGUCAACUAUCCGCCUACGAUCAGCUCAGUCGGGCCGGAUCGGCUGACCACAGCCUUACUGUUUUCCGGAGCCUCGUUUGAGUGCACCGCGGAUGCUAUGCCACCGGCUGAAUACAGGUGGGCCCAGAUCUUUUCCGAUGGCCGGAUGCCAUUGGAAUGCGGUACCGGGCAGCGAUUGAUCCUGACGAACGUGACGUACGAGCAACAGGGCCAAUACAUAUGUCUCGCCUCGAACAAGAUCAAUGGGAACGUCCGGGAAGUUAAAAGCGACCCUGUGUCUCUGCAAGUGGUCGGCGCGCCGAGGGUGGUGAAGCCGGGAAUCGCGGAGAAGUUCGUGGUGGCUACUACCGAGGGUAGUCCAGCGAAAUUGGAGGUCAAACUGUGUUCUGACCCGAAGCCAGGACUGGUGGCUUGGGAAUGGGGCAGCACCAGACUCCACGCCGGCGAAGUUUUGGAAUCACGAUAUCGAGCAUUGGAUCUGGAACCGUUACCCGUGGAGGAUUGUUACGCAGCUAUUUUGGAAUUAACCACCACGGUCAAGGCGGACCAGAGAUUGUACCACGUGAUCGUGGAGAACAAUCACGGCAGCGAUCGACGAUCCCUGAUGCUGAGAGUCGACGAACCAGGACAGAUUCCGCUCGUUAUCGGCGCUGUCGCUGGGUUUACGGUGCUCUCGGUGCUGGUAAUGGGAUUCGUUUGUUUCCUACGCUCGGAUAGAUGCUGCGUAGCCAGAAAUACGGUGCCCGCGCUCCAGCAAGUGCAUUGCACGAAAGCCUCGAAUACAAUGAUAGAGGAUCCCCGUUUAGCUGUGGACACGAUGGAACGUACCAGCCAACAGUAUCCGUCUGAAAAACGUCCGAACCACGUACUGAAACCCGUCCCGUCGCAACAGUAUCAACAAGAGUGUUAUCAACACGAUCCGCCUCACCAGCAACAACACUAUCAGAGGCACCAUCAUCAUCAUCAUCACCAUGGACAACACCACGGACCACAGUAUACGCUUCAGGGGGAGCAGCUGUUUCUCAAACCAGAUCGUUUAGCGACACUGAAGCCCCACAAGAUCGAGAAGCCGCCGCAGUACACAACCUUCAAGCCGAGCAACUGAAGAUUACUUGCUAUUUCUCUAUUUUCUAUUGAUGUACAUUGAUCGCACACUAAACUAAAGUCCCACCAAAAAUGUGGAGAGCCAAGAGGAGAACGAAGGGAGAGAUGACCGAAGAGGAGGAGCCUUCGGACAGAAUGAGACUGAAAAGUGGCACGCAAUCAAAAUGAGCCGAGUUCAAUGCGUAAUAACUCGGUCUCCAUUCUUCGUUCGACGCGCCAUAACGUGAUUCUUCGCGCAUUCGAUGAAUUAUCAGUUAAUAAUUCUUUCGUUCUUAUGAUACAAUUAUUUUGUUUUUUCAUCGUGUGCGACAGAUGUUCUUCCUUGUACAGAUUAUCGCUCGAACGAACUUUGAAUCACGAGUUAUUUAGUCGGUGGAAGAGCGAUGGGAUUAUGAGAUAUCGUCGCUCUUUUCAUGUUAAUCGAUAGAUUUCAUAGUGAAAAAGUCGUUUGUCUCGCAAAUAUAAUACUGCCAGUAUGUUCCAUUAAAGACGAUGUACGAUAUCAGAACCAAUCAAAAAGAGAAUUAUAUUGAAGCGCAUUUAUAACGCUUACAAUAAUGUUGUUAAUAAAACGGUGAUUUUGCAGCAGUUACUGGUUUUAUUAAUAUUAUACGCGAAUACAACAAAUCUAACACUGCGCACUUACACCGAUGCGCCUUGUCAAAUUUUUCGAAACAGUCAUUUUCGUAACCAUACGAGUUACUCGAAAACGUUUCUUUUUUUCUACGCAACUGUCGCCAAUAUUAUUAAAAGACUUUCAAUAAAGGAAUUGUGCAAAGAUCA